AUGUCCUUGCCUGGCGACAUGGACCCUUAUGCCAUCUGUGCGGCCCCCCGCAUUCUGUUCAUCGACGCCUACGACUCAUUCGCCAACAACAUUGUUGCCCUGCUGCAGCAGGCACUCAACGCCCACGUCACUUCUAUCCACAUCGACCAUCCACACUUCACCCCCGCCUCUCCCGCCGACUUCUACCGUUACUUGGACGCUUUCGACGCCGUCGUUGCCGGCCCUGGUCCCGGCACAGUAGCGAAUCCCCAGGAUACCGGCCUUAUUUCAAGCUUAUGGACUCUGCCCGACGAUCAUCUCCUGCCCGUCCUUGGAAUCUGCCUGGGCUUCCAGAGUCUUGCCCACGCCUUUGGUGCUACCGUCGAGAGGCUCUCGGAACCACGCCAUGGCAUCAUCACCCGCGUCCACCACCGCGGCCACUCCCUGUUUGAAAAUCUGCGUGAAGUCCAUGCCACCCAGUACCACUCGCUUCACGUCAAGCCGGCUCCUUCUUCCCCACCGUCAGACCUAUGGUCGCCUUCGGCGCAAUGCCCGAGCCUAAAACCGUUGGCCUGGGAUCGUGACAGUGCCCAAAACGGACCCGUGUUGAUGUCGGUAGAGCACAUGUCCAAGCCGUUUUGGGGCGUUCAAUAUCAUCCCGAGUCUAUCUGCACCGACUCCGAAGGUGCCGGAAUAGUCCAAAAUUGGUGGGCCCAAGCGAGCAGGUGGCUACUGUCACGGCCAUCCCGGAGACACCGGCGAGGAAGCAGCAAAUUGGUGAAGUCCUCAGCGACCGGCCAGGGCUUUCAAAAUGGCAUCCCCUCCCCAAAGGACACUUGCUGGGAUGGUCUUCACUAUCGUUUGCUCCAAGCUUCUCUCGUGAACCGUCCUGGUGUUCGCGUCGAGUAUCAGUGCAUUCCAUCUACCGAAGGCGAUGUUCGCGCCAUCUGCGAACUGCUUGAAAUACCUGGUCGCGAAGCCGCCGUUCUCGAGUCUGGUUUGAACAAGAAGAAACAACCGAUCCGCGGAGAGACCGGUAGCAAAUCCAUCAUUGGAUGUCUGGAGACAGAAAGAAACCUACGAGUCGAAUAUUUUGUGGAGGGCCAAACCUUGGAGCUUCGGGUCGGACAAGAUCUCUUGCACCGUGAAGAAGGAGCAAACGUGUGGUCAUACCUCAAGCAUUUAAUGGAAUCGAUCAACGUUACACAAGGGCCUGUAGACUCACCAUUCUGGGGCGGUUUGAUAGGGUUCGUGUCGUACGAAGCUGGACUGGAAACCAUUAAUGUCAAGCCAACACCGGACUCUGGCGCAAGAAAGUUCCGCAAGCCCGAUCUCGCCUUCGUUUUCGUCACCCGAAGCAUCGUCGUCGACCACAUUGCCCAAAAGAUAUACAUUCAGAGCAUUCGAGACGAAGAUUCGUCCUGGGUCCAGUCAACGUCUCGGAAACUCAGAACACUAGCUUCCUACUCACCGCAGAACCCCUCCUCCAACCUCUCGUCCAUCCUCAAAGAAUCAGUCGUCUCCAUACCCCUCAGUGCCUCUUACGAAAACAAGGUCCGCGCCUGCCAGGAGUCCAUCCGCGCCGGCGACUCUUAUGAACUCUGCCUCACCUCGCAAACCACAAUCCACCUCCCCCGCACCUCUUCCAACACCUUCUCUUGGAACCUCUACACCCGUCUCCGCCAUCUCAACCCCGCCCCCUUCGGCGGCUACAUCCGCCUCGGCCCUCCAGGCAGCGGCGUUGACAUCCUCAGCAGCAGUCCGGAGCGGUUCCUCUCAUGGACGCGGCGAGGUCGCUGCCAAUACCGACCCAUCAAGGGCACCGUCCAGAAAAAGGACGGCCAAGUGACGCUCGCGGAAGCGACGCGCAUCCUCAACAGCUCCAAGGAGCGCGCCGAGAACCUGAUGAUCGUCGACCUAGUGCGGCACGACCUGCACGGCGUGGUGGGCGCUGGCAACGUGCGCGUCAGCAAGCUGAUGGGCGUCGAGGAGUACGAGACGGUCUUCCAGCUGGUAAGCGUCAUCGAGGGCGACCUGACGGGGCGGUGGGCGGCGCAGGAGCGGGAGCAGGAGGAGGAGCUGCUAUUACAACAACAGCAGCAGCCGCCGGUAGUUCCCAGGACGGUCCUCCCCACCACCGCCGGCUGGAACCCCGAAGACUCGUCGGAAGACUCGGACCUCCCCGCCAGCACGGCGGCAUCGUCGCAGACCUCGUCGCUCGCCCCCUCGCCCUGCCCGUCUCCCUGCCCCGGCGUCUCCGCCUCGCACCCCCUCCUCCACCACCACCACCACCACCACCACCACCACUACUCGUCCUCAACACAAACAUCAAUCUCCCACAAAAAAGCAGCGACAGCGGCAGUGGCGCCUCCCCAAAACCGCGCAAUAGACGACGACGACGACGACGACGACGAUGCCAACGACCAAGCCUCCUCGCCCACCACCACCACCGCCACCGCCACCACCACCGCCGCCAACCCCACAGCAUCAACAUCAGCACCAGCAACCGGCAUCGCCAUCCUCCACGCCUCCCUCCCGCCAGGAUCGAUGACGGGCGCGCCCAAGAAGCGCUCGUGCGAGCUCCUCGACGGCAUCGAGGAGCGGCAGCCGCGCGGGGUGUACUCGGGGGUGCUGGGCUACCUGGACGUCGGCGGCGGGGGCGACUUCGCCGUCGUCAUCAGGACGGCUUGGCGGUGGGACGGGGAGGAAGGAGGGGAGGAAGAAGAGAAAGAAGAAGAAGAAGAAGAGGAUGGGCGAGGGGAAAAGGGGAGCGGAACGGAGAUUUGGAGGGUGGGUGCGGGUGGGGCGGUGACGGCGCAGAGUACGCCUGAGGGAGAGUACGCGGAAAUGGUGGUGAAGCUGGAGAGUGCGUUGAGGGUGUUUGAUGCGGGGGUGGAGGUGGAUGUUUGA